AUGGACACAGAAUACAUGCCAGUGGCAGCCUACAAAAGUGCAGUGGUACAGGUGAAAGAGUUACUGAAGAGCCUUGAGCUGAAGGAACCAAUUGGAAAGUCAGCACUUGUGUGGCAUAAUAAUCAAGCAGAAAUUACAUUAUUCAAGUGUCAUCUAAAUAAAUCAAGAACAAAACAUGUUGCCAUGGAACACAAUUUCAUAAGGGAGAAAGUAAUGAAUGGAAUGACUGCCAUUCGAUACAUUUUGAUGGACAAAAAUAGAGCAGACUAUUUAACACAGCUACUGAACCAUAAUAUUUAUGACACCAUUGUAAAAACAAAGUAUUACAUUGAAAUGAUAUGUGUGGUCACUUUUGGAUAUCAUUUUGAAGAGGAAUGGAAGGGGGCAGUGUUAAAGAGUUAA